AUGGUAGAUGCAAAUUACAAAUUUACACUUGUUGACACUGGAGCUUAUGGCAAAAGUAGCGAUGGGGGAACUUUUGAGUGGUCUGAGAUGAGGAAAAGAUUUGAAAGCAACAAAUAUGAUGUUCCACAAGACAAAGAGCUACUAGCAGCAAUGGGGAAGUUUCCUUAUGUAACUGUAACUGUUGGAGAUGAAGCUUUCUCUCUUAAAACCUAUUUGAUGCAUCCAUACAGCAAAGCAGCCAUUAAAAGUGAUGAAGAGAAGGUAUACAACUACCACCAUUCAAGAGCUCGACGGACUGCAGAAAAUGUGUUUGGAACUCUAGCCGGGCGCUGGAGAAUAUUUCUAAAGCUUAUUGAAACUAAACCAGAAACUGUCGAUAUAACAGUUUUACCUUCCACCUGUCUACACAACAUGCUUCAGAAUACAACCAAUAUUUCCCCUUUCGAGGAACAAAUCCGAAUGGAAGGUAACACAUUCAUGGUGUAG